ACAAUAUCUCUGACCGUUCCUGUACAUAGUUCUACCCAGUUGGUUCUACCAAAUAUUUGGUUCUACCCAAUUCCUCAUUCCGUGGGUUUAUCUGUUAGUUCGACUCCUUUGUCUACGGGUUCGACCAAGGUUCGGCCACAGAAUGAACAAUUGGUUUAUUCUGUGGUUCGGCUAUCAACCUUAACCUAUUCAAAAAAUUAACUAUUGUCAUGCGACUGCGAAUGGUGUGAUUACGAAAUGGAGUUAUGGGUUUUGCUACAUUUUUAAAAAUAGCAAUUGAAUAGGGAACUUCAACAUGUUACACACAGACACCACUCCUGAGGAAAUAAAGAUAGAAGUGCCGUGGGGACAUGUGAACGGUGAGUAUGGGUGACUUAUCAGUAGGGCCAUUCCAUGAAAAUUAGGAAUUUUUUUUAAUUUAAAUGUUUUUUUUUUCUGGUUGAGAAAACAUUACGUAAAAGAUUUUAAAGUUAUGGUCUUUGACAAACCAUGUUGAAUUUUGACUCAUUUAACAUUGAACAGCUGUUUUAUUGAUUCUAAUGUGGCUGCUAUUCAACUGUUUCUAUUUUGCUCAUAGAGAGGCUACUUUCAGGUUCUUUGGUAAGUACAUGUCACAUAAAUGAAUGUAUAUUUAUAUUUAAGUUCAAAAUAUAGGGUAUGCACAAACAUAUUUCUUGCAAAAAAAUAAUUUAAUAACAUUUUAUUGCUACUAAAUUAAUUAUUAAAUUGUGAGUGUUGAAGAUGUCCCGUACGUGACAAAUUUAGGUUAUGUUUCAUGUUUCAUCAGGAACAAAUUGUCAUUAUAUCUUACUUAUAUAAAUUCAAACUGUAUUAGAAUGCAGGUAGCUAACUUAAUUUUUAUAUGUUUUAAUUGCAUUAAAAACAAUAACAAUUUUGAGAUACAAUCAUGUCCCGUACGUGACGUCACCUACGGGACAUAUGAAAAAUAUAAUGUUUUACCCAACAUAUGUAGAAUAUUCACCUAUCUAAAAUAACAUAUUAUGUGUUACAUAAAUUUAUUAUUUAAAUGUUUUACUUUUAGUAAUCAAUUUAAUUGGUUUUCAGUGACAAAAUGGAAUAUAAGAAGACAACAAGUGCUUCUCGGAUGAAAAAAAUGAGGGAAAAACAAAAGACUGCAGAUCCAGAUGGUUAUCUUGAGAAGGAAAGGAAACGGAUUGCAGAACUGAGAAAGAAUAAGAAAAAGAAAAUGACAGUGAAAGACAAGGCUGCCCAAAAAAUUUAUGAAAGAAAUAGGAAAAGACUUCAGAGAGCAAAGAAAAAUGCUAAAAAUGCAGCAAAAGCAAACAGUUCUGAUAUGUCUUCCUCUGGCACACCUUACAGUUGCAAGCAGACAUUAUCAAAAGCAGUUUGGAAGACUGCAAGGGCCUUACCAAACUCACCACGAAAACAAAAAGCUGUUGUGACAGGUCUUGCUAAACGCAUUGGUCUUCAACUGACUACAACAAUGGAAGAAAGUAUUGCUGGAACUAGAAACCGUUGUAAAGAAGAGACUUCUGUUAUAAAUUUUUUAUAUCGUCCAGAUAUAGUAUACACAUGCCCAGGGAUGAAAGAUGUAUUAACUGUGUGGGAAAAUGGAAAAAAAGUUAAAUUACAAAAGCACUUUAUGACUAUGUUUCUGCAUGAAGCAUUUUAUAUAUUCAAAGAAGAAAAUCCAGAUUAUAAAAUUAGUUACUCUAAAUUUUGUAGUCUAAGGCCAAAAAAUGUUUUGUUACUUAAAGAGACUCCUGCAGAGCAGUGUAAAUGCAGAAUACACGAGAACUUCAUUUUAAAACUUAAGGCCUUAAAACAUACAUACAACAAUGAAUUUUGGAAAAAUCUGUUGUGCAAUGAUUGCUUGAACUCUUUGUGUUGGCAGAACCUCUGUGAAGUUUGUAGUAAUGGGAAACGAAUGGUAGUCCCAAGAGAACCAGAUUCUAAAACCACUUGGAAAGAAUGGAAGAAAAAUGAUGAAAACAAAAUAAAGUUAGUUAUAAAAGAAGACUGUUUAGGUGAUAUAUAUGAAAAAUUGAUAGCAGAUAUGCCUAAAAUGAUGCUCCAUGUAAACACCAAAAGAAUACAACAUGAUGAGUUUGAGAAGGACAAAGCAAACGGUACAAAGCGUGUUCUGGAGGUUGAUUUCGCAAUGUCUUUCAGUUGUGAGUAUCAAAAUGAAAUACAAAGUGCUUUGUGGUCUCGUGCUAGUGUUGUUUUAUUCACUGCUGCUGUUUUUUGUAAUGGAAAUUGCAAAACUUAUAUACUUUUUCAGACACAAAAAAUAAGGAUAAGGACAUAGUCUUUGUGUUCUUGGAUUUCUUUUACACAGAAAUACUUAAAGAAAAUCAUGCAAUUUCUGAAGAAAUAAUUUGGAGUGAUGGGUCCUCUUCAGAGUUUAAAAAUAAAUUCAUGGUGAAAACAUUGGAAAUAUUGAACCAGAAACACAACAGAACAUUUACCUGGAAAUACUUUGCGACAUCUCAUGGUAAAGGUGUAGUAGAUGGUGUUGGUGGCAAUAUUAAACGCUUAGUAAGAAUGAAAAUGAUGACGCAAGGGGAGGGAUGCACAAUACAGUCAGCUAAGGAUUUUGCAGAAGUAGCUGCACAACUUGAUACCAAAAGCCAUUUAUGGUAUAUAGAAGAGGACCACAUUAGGAAUGAAAUUUUGUCCCAAAAUCCUUGGAGAAAUGUCCCUUCGAUCCCAGGAAUCAAGGAAUUCCACAUUAUUACAUGUAGCACUUCGUCAGGGUUCUAUGCAAAAAACAAUGAGCUGUCUAGAAAAAUUGCACUCUCCAAUCCGAAAGGGAAUCCAUUCAACUUCCCUGGAAAAUGGGUAGUCGUAUGCUAUGAAGGAAAAGAGUACCCUGGAGAAGUGGUGGAUGCAAGCGGAGAUCAAGUGCGGGUGUCAGUGAUGGUCCCUACAGGUCCCCCACAUCACUUCAAGUGGCCUCGACAACCAGACUGCAUUUGUUAUUUAAAAGAAGAUGUAGCAAGAGAGAUUUCUCCUCCAGUAGUGGUGAACAACAGAGGACUGUUUAAAUUUAUUGACAUUUAAAGUGAUCUUUAUGACCAUACAGAGUAACAGUUUUGUUAUUAAUUUUUUUUUUUAGUUAGGAUAUAGGCAGGUAGAACUACUCUAUCAUUUUAUUUAGUUACAUUUAAUCAAUUUCGUUUAACAUUUCUCUAUGAGUCAGGUUGUAUAAAUUUAAUUUUUUUCAACACAUCUUAAUUUCAAUAAAGAGCGCAGGCUUUCGCGGCCGUUGUCCGUACUUUCUAGGCUUCUGGGUUGUAGCCGCGUCAAAAUCAAAGUUUUCAUCGACGUUUCGGUCGACGUUAGUCACAAUCAUCAGGGAGAGAUUAAUUCAAUUAAUCUGCUCCCUGAUGAUGGCGACUGUAACGUCGACCGAAACGUCGAUGAAAACUUUGAUUUUGACGCGGCUACAACCCAGAAGCCUAGAAAGUACAACUUAAUUUCAUUUUCUACUGAAAAAUUUAUUCAGCACAAUCUUACUAAUGUAAAUGUCCCAUACGUGACAGCAUUGUCCCGUACGUGACAAACAGAAAAAAAAAAUUGUUUCUGAUUCAUUAUUGGAGGUUUUUCAUGCAUUUAUUGAUGUCUGUUUUUCUUAUUCUUAUACGUUCUCACAAAAAAUAAUACAAGAAUAUCAUGCUAGAAUUCGGGCUAAAGUUUCAGUAAAACGUGUCCUCUUGAAACUAAUGGUUGACUAUAUGUGUCCCAUACGUGACGGUUACAUUUGAUAGCAAUAUAUUGUUAACAAAGGUAUUUCUUAUCAUGUCUUAAGCUGAAAAUUUACACUAAAUGUGUAACUUCUGUAGAAACCAAGAAAACACAUGAAUAUACCCCUUAUAAUAUAAUUUUUCAUAGAAUUAUCUGUAUGAAAAUUUUUACAAAUGUCCCGUACGUGACAAUGGAAUGGCCCAGUAGCUGAUCUCAGCUCGGUAGAGUACUUUGAUAAGUAAAGUAAACGUAGAGACUUGCACAAUUCACGUCAUUUUCUAGCACCAUGCUAGACUCCAUGAUAACUGUCGCCAUUCGCUGCUGCCACAUUUAUACCUUUUGUCCAGAUUGGAUGUGAUUGGCUCAUCAGCAUUUUGUAUUUUUUUUUAUUAUUGGUUUGUUGUUGUUCUUCACGGCUUGACAGACUACCCAUGAGGGAUUGGUGUCAGACAAAUGUAUAAUUUUGAAAAUUCUAGCCUGGUUUCAAGUACAGUAGAGUCCCACUAAUCCACAUAGCUGGGAUCAGACCCUGUCCAGAUCUUCAAAAGUUUGGAGUAAAUUAAAUUUGCUUUAAAAUGAAUGUAAUACAAGUUUUAGAUGGGUAAAACUGUAAAAAUCGAUAUUAAAUACAUAAAUUGUCUACACUUUCUCAUCAUAGCCACUUAGGAAGUUGAACAUUAGAAAAAAAAAUUUUUUUUCAAUCUUGUACUGAUUAAUUGGAUGUCUGGAUGAGCGGGGUCCAGAAUAGUAUGACUACAUCAAUCCCUCACUUAGCACAUCUUCAAAUUGCACAAAUUCAUGUUGCGUGAUGUUAAUUUUACUGCCCCAGUCUUGAAUAGCACGACUGUAAAUUUUAGUUAGCACGAAAUCGACACAGGCAAAAAAAAAUUACGGAUGACGCCACAAAAUCUGUGGUAAACAGCAGAUAUACCAUGGUAUACAGUUAGCUAUACGAGGGGGGAAGAGUAGUGUGCGCAGGUCUGACUACUAUAAUGGCUGUUUUACAAACAUCAGGUAUGGCAAGUUAAGUUGCGGCUAUGGAGAGUAAAGGAUCAAAUGUUUUUACAUCCGCGCGCAUGCCACAAGCAGUACCGUUGUCACCCGGCCACAGACCGGGCUGUGAUGAGUUUCAGUCCAGCCAGCGGCAGAGAACUCGCACGCACAAACACAAGCAUUGUCUGCCCAUUCAGCUGCUGGUAACUCUACUUGCGCAAGCACAUACAGUUGAAAUCAUAUUGGAAUCAUGGCUUCCAAGUGAAAGUGUAAUAAAUUGUGUACAAGUAUUUGAGACAAAACUAGAAGUAUUACGGCGUGCAGAAUGGCAUGAAUGCCAGAAUGUUGGUCACAACUUCAGUUUUAAGCAAGUCAACUGUGCACACAAUCGUACGAAAAAAGGAUUCUAUGAAAAUUUUAUAUAACUCUGAUGCUAUUGGUUGUACUAGCGGGAAUAUAUUUGACAUUAGAUACCGGAACAUAAAUUAACAGGUGAUUCACGUGGAAAAGGUGUUAAAUUAAUGGUGCAAUGGAAAAAAAAAACCUCUGGUCUGACAGAAUUGGUAUGAACCAAGUGGUGAUACGCAAAUUAGCACUUUAAUUUUUGAAAAAUUAAAAUGUAAAUAUCCGGACAGUAAUAUCAGUUUCACUGCCAGUAAAGGAUGGUAUGGAAAGUUCAGGAAAAAGUAUGUGACGUGAAUUGAAGAUCACCUCUGGGCGGACAAGCCAACCAGCCGACUGACGAUAAGUACGUAACCACCUAUCUGUCGUUACACGGUUCGCAUUUGUCAUACAAAGUAUUUGAUGGUGGGCUUAUAUAGAUCAAUUUGUGACAUUUAUCGUUGAGUGUUAUUCUACACAUUUAAAUUACAUAAAGAAUAUUUCCCAACACAUUUUGGAACACAAGUAAAUUAGCCGUGCUAUUUAUGGAAAAUACGCAAUUUCGAAUAACACAAACAUUUUUAGAAAUGCAUUAGUUGUGCUAAGUAAGGGAUUGGUGUACAGUGUAAUGUAAUUUUUGCAGGUUCUUAGUAAUAAGUAAUAAUCGUGUUCUUUAAGUUGGAUGAGAGUAUGCCUAUGACCCUUUGAACUAUGUCAAGCCGGUUUUUGCUAUGUUUAAUUUUUAUUCCAAACUUUGGUUGAGUCUGGCUCUCCAACCUUUUGAAUCAUGUGACAUAGUUCUAAGCAUUGGAACAAGACAUUUAAAGUCUAAUUGGGCUCUACAAAAGCAUUGAAAAGAUUGAGUCAAAUUUCCACAAACCAUGGACAGUGAUGAUUUUCAGUAGUUUAUUCAAAAGUCCUCAAAUUAAAUGUGAUGCAGUAUGUCCUCCACAUCAUUGUGUACACUUCAGCCACUAAUAAAAAUACAUACACCUAUCCCUCACUUAUCACGACUAAUUCGUUCCUAAAAAUACUCGUGUUUUUCGAAAUAGCGUAUUCUGAAGCAUUAGUUUUCAUAAAUAGCAAGGCUAAUUUAUUUAAUGUGUUCCAAAAUUGUGUGGGAAAAUAUACUUUCCUUAAUAUAAAUGCGUUGAAUAACACUCAACGAUAAAUAUGUCACACCAUUUAUCUUUAUAUGCCUCCCAUUGCGUUUUGUACGACAUAUAUGACACCGCGUAAUGGGAGAUACGUGAUUAUGUACUUUAUCGUCAGUCGGCUGGCUGACUUCCCCGCCCGGGCUUGACCUUCAAAUGACGUCACAUACCUUUCCAAACCAUCCUUUACUGACAGUGAAACCGAUACUGUCAGGAUAAUUACAUUUUAAUUUUUAAAAAAUUAAUGUGCUUAUUCGCGUAUCACACCUGGUUCACACCAAUCCUGUCAGGCCAAUUAUUAUUUUUUUCAUUGCAACAUUCAUUUAACAACAUUUCCCACGCGAAUCAUCUGUUCAUUUCUGUUCCAGUAUCUAAAGUCAAAUAUAUUCCUGCUAGUACAACCAACAGCAUCAGACUUAUAUAAACUUUUGGUAAGAGUCCUUAUUUCGUAUGAUUGUGUGCACAGUUGACUUGUUUAAAACUUAAGGGCGACCAACAUAAGCGUGGCCUUCGUGACAAAAUGUGCGCCGUAAUACUUCUAGUUUUGUCUCAAGUACUUGAACACGAUGCAUCAUGAGUGAUCAAGUACGUACAGUUACCGGCAGCUGAAUAGGCAGAAUUUGCUUUUGUUUGGGUGAAUUCCCUGCCACUGGCUAGACUGAGUUCAUGGCCGGGUUUGUGGCCAGGCAACAAUGGUAUGGCACGGCGGCAUACGUGCGGACGUAAAAAACAUUUGGUCCUUUACACUCCAUAGCCGCAAUUUAACUUGCCACAGCUGAUGUUUGGUUUCUACAAUAGCCGAUAGCGUAGACAGACCUGCACGCGCAUCUCUUCCCCCUUUGUUUGGCUGACUGUAUUCCACUGCACAUCUGUUUGCAGAAGUUGAAACAGGCUUCGUGGCGUCGAUUUGCCUUUUUUUUUUCCUGCCUGCCGAGAUUUUGUGCUAACUAAUUUACAGACGUGCUAUUCAAGACUGGGGCAGUACAAUUGACAUCGCGCUAAAUGAAUUUGUGCAAUCUGAAGACGUGCUAAGCGAGGGAUAGGUGUACUGACGUUGGCCUAAUGACUUGUACCCACACAUCGGAUGUACAGGAGCACUUUUAAGUUUUUAUUAAAAAUUAUAUGGGUGUGUGUAAUUACAAUGCUAAAUCUUAUUCUGAUUCAAGCGUAAAACAAAAAUACGUCAUUUUCCGUUUGGACUAAUUCAAAUAUUUAAAAUUUAGGUGUGUUGGUGAAGUAUGGAACUUUUCUUAGCCUGCUGCCAAUUUUCACUGAUCAGACCCAGAGCAUGUACUCAUGUACAUUCAUUCGCAGUAAAAUGCAGCUAUAUUUUUUUACAAAGAUUGAUUUCAAAAGUUUCAAUUAUCUUGAUCGUUUGAACCACCAAAAUUCUGACAUUUGCUUGGGGAAAGAAGCUCAUGCAUUUAUAUUUAAUGUAGUUUAUAUGUUAUUAAUAAAAUAUAAUUUAUGUAGAUUGUUAUAUAAUUUGAUGUAAGAACCUUUUCAGUACACGUACAGGAAUCUUAAUUUAUUCUUUUGUUACUGGUUAGAUCCUUGUGGAUGCGUUGGGACCUGAAACGUGGCGUAAUGUGUCGCAGGCAAGUGGUGGGGAGCUCGGGACAAGCAGCCUGUGAUCGCGAUACACGGCUGGCAGGACAACGCCGGCUCCUUCGACACCCUCGU